AUGAUGCGCCCACGCCCCUCGGUCUGCAAUCGCUGUCUGGGCCGCAGUCGGAAUUUUUCAACGACAGCAAAUCGGUCCCAAAAUAGUCAAAAUGCCCCCUUCCCGCCGACAGCUGGGUAUAGCCGACUCACAAACCGCGGUUUGAUCUCCAUCACUGGCAUCGACAGCACCACCUUCCUCCAGGGCUUGAUGACCCAAAAUAUGCUAGUAGCCAACGACCCCAAUCGAAGUAUCCGCCGCACAGGUGCAUACACUGCCUUCCUCAAUUCUCAAGGCCGAGUUCUCAACGACGCCUUCGUUUACCCGUUACCCGGUGCCGAAACCCAAGGCCCUGAAUCAGGCUGGCUGGUGGAAGUAGACAAGGACCAGGUCCCUGUCUUGUUGAAGCAUCUCAAAAAACACAAGUUGCGCGCGAAGCUAAAGCUUCGCGCUUUGGAGGAAGGCGAGCGCACCAUUUGGUCUUCGUGGAAGAACCAUGCGGAACCCCAACGCUGGGCUGCUUAUAGUUUAGAAUCCGACUCUUCAUCUCCUUUCUCUGUGACUUCUGAGAUCGCCGGAUGCAUCGACACACGUGCACCGGGCUUCGGUUCCCGCAUCAUUACUCCUGGCUCCGAGGGCCUGCGCACACAUCUUCCGGACGAGAUGCAGGUCCCUGGGUCUGAGGUCGAGCUUGACUCGUAUACAGUGCGCCGGUUCCUUCACGGUGUCGCAGAAGGCCAGGCGGAGGUUCUCAGUGGAUCGGCUUUGCCACUACAGUGCAAUAUGGACAUGUCCCGCGGUAUUGACUUCCGCAAGGGCUGUUAUGUUGGACAGGAAUUGACGAUUCGCACACACCACCGUGGCGUAACAAGAAAACGUCUUUUGCCCGUCCAAUUGUAUGAUUUGGCUUCAGAUACGCAAGGCGGGCCAGAAACCCUGACAUACGAUCCAUCUGUGCAACUCACCUUACCUCCGGGUGAGUCGGAUAUUGUCAAGGCCGGUGCAGCCACCCGCCGAAAUCGCAGCGCAGGAACCUUUUUGAACGGAAUCGGAAAUAUUGGGCUGGCGCUUUGCCGUCUUGAAGUCAUGACUGAUGUUGCGCUUAUGGGCGAGACACCUGCCCGCCCUCAUGAACAUCAGUUCAAGCUCUCGUGGACCCCGGAAGUAGAACAACAGAAUGACGUCGGUGUUCGUGCUUUUGUUCCACCCUGGCUACGCGAUUUCAUUUCCGGUGGCAAAGAAGAGAAGCCUGCUCCGCGAAACAUUGAAGCCGAAGUUGCUGAGCGGGCAAGGGAAUUUGUUGAGCGCUUAGAAGAAGAGGAAGAGGAGUAUGAAUCUCAGAGACAAUGA